CCUAUUUUUAGUAGUCAUGGCAACUGGUAAAAGCUCUACUGCUAAAUUAUGAUCUUAAUACCGUAAUAAUUGAAACUUGAAAUCUAGAUCUAGUCUAUAGAUCUAGAGAGUGCACAAACAGAUCAUAGUAGAUCUAGUGAUGUGUAUUAAAAAAUAAACUGUCUCAAGUAGAAACUUUAACAAAAUGACGGAAAUAUUAUGUAGAUGGCUUAAUGAUGAAUUGCAUCUGUCGACUCGAAUAUCUCAAGCAUCUUUGGCUAAAGAAUUUGCAUCAGGUUAUCUGAUUGGAGAGGUUCUGCAUAAAUAUCAGAUACAAGAUGACUUUGAUCAGUUUUCUCAAAACAAAACAUCCGAAGCAAAGCUUAACAACUUUACUAGACUUGAACCUGUUUUCCACCUACUGGGAAUACCUUUUGAUACCACAAAUGCCAGAAAUAUCAUGACAGAGAAGCAUGGGGCUGCCACUCAGUUACUUUAUCAGCUUUAUAUAGCCUUGAAUAAUAAGAAAAAAGCAAACUUGACAGGAAUAGCCAUGGAAACUAUGCGUCCUGAAGCCCCAGCAAAGCUCAAUGCCAUGGAAACUUUGAUCUACAAAGAGCCUAGACCAGAUGAUGAGAGAUUGAAGCAGGCAACACCUCGGCAGACAGACCUUGACCUUCAAGCUUUGAUUGCUCGCUUCCAAGAAAAUCAAGUCAAAAUGGAGCAAACUGCCUUUCGAGAAAAGUUUGAAGAAGUUGAAAGACUGUAUCAGCUAAGGCAGAAGGAAAGAGAGAUGUUGAUGAAUAGGAACAGAAAUCUACAUGAAAAACAAAGUGAACUAGUGGCUAAAAUAAAUGCUGCUACUGUCUUUAUUCCAAAACCUCCUCAACGUAAACUAAAAGCCCUUGAAGCUCGCAAAGAAUUAAAGAAAAAAAGAGAGGCUGAAGAAACCAUCCAGUCUAUUCACCAAUUUGAGGAGAAAAUGAAAAUGAUUCCUUCUUAUGAUUCAGAAUCACCAAGAGAAGAACAAAUUGAUGUUCAGUAUAUCCUUAAUCAAGAAAAUGAAGAACCAGAUGCUGUUCAAUUUCUUAAAACAUCUUCUAAUGAUGAAUAUAUUGGUAAAAUUCGUAAACGUUUACAAGAAGAUGCAUCAGCAAGAGAAGAAAGAGAAAAAAGAAGAAGGAAAGUCUUAAGAGACCAACUGGCUUCUCAUGAAGAACAAGAGGAAGCAAGACGAGAAAAAAUGAUGGUCAAUAGAUUGAUGCGACAAUCUCAACAAGAAAGAAGGAUUGCAGUUCAAUUACUACAAGCUCGUCACGAAAAAGAGAUCAUAAGACAAAAUCGCCUUUUUAAAGAAGCUCAGUACCAAGAGAGACGACAGAAAGACUUUGAGGAAGCUUUGGAUAGAGAAGCAGAACUGGCAGCAUUGCAUAAAUUGGAAUAUCAAGAAGAAAUCAAAGCAGAACAAAAACUUCACAACAUGAUAGCUGCUCAGAGAGCAGAGCAGCGUUACAAAAAACAUUAUGAGAUUUGUGAAAAUAUAGUGAACAGUAUUGUGGAUAUAGCUUGCAAAGUCUCAGAGUAUAGGGAACUGACAAACAAACGUCUGCCUGAAAAGUUAAUGAGAGAAUGGAAACUGUUGUUUACAAGUGGACAGCCUCUUUAUGAAGAGGAGGACAGGAAAAGCAUUGAACUUUCACCUGAACAAAUUUUAGAAGAAGAAAGACAGAAACUUUUAAAUGAAGGCGAUUUUAUGGAGUAUAAGACAAUGACAGGAGAAUGGCAACCUCCAAAAGAUAGUGACAUUAAAGAGCCCCCACAAGAUAACUCUGUGGUUGGUCACAUUGUUCACAGAUUAUUUAAUAUGGUCCAUCCACCAUCUCCUCCUCCAGUUCCUCCAGAAUUUCCUCCUUGUCCAAUAAGAGCUUGUGUGCUGGGUAAAGUUUUUAGUGGGAAAUCAUCUUGUUUAAAAAGACUUGCAGAAGAACAUAGAGUUAAAGUGCUAGUUGUUGAAGAACUUAUUCAAGAAGCAGUGGAAGCUUUCAAAAAUAAAGAAGUGGAAACAGAAGAACAAGCAACUCAAACCCAAGUUGAAAAUGAAGAUGUUAGGGAAGAACUAGAAAUCAAUACUGUCACUGAGUCUUCACCAGCACUAAACCUAGAUGAAAAAACUCUAAGCAAAGAGACCGUGGCAGCAUCUGUGAUAGGAUCAGAAGAUAAGCAGAUCGUAGAAGAAGCUACAGUUGUUUCAAAGUCUGAAGAUGUGCAAGAAUCCAUUCAUUCAGUGAAACUAGACUCAGUGCAGAAAUCUUCAGUAGAACCGGAGCCAACAGUCCGAGCAAAACUUGGGGCAAAAGCAUUCAAGAGUUUGAGAAAAGGACGUCCUGUAGAAGAUCAGAUUGUCAUAGAUAUUAUAAUUGAGGCUAUUAGAAAAAUUCCAGAAGGAACAGGCUGGAUCUUAGAUGGCUACCCUCAGAACUAUGCUCAGGCCAAGUUACUGGAGAAAGGACUCAGUGGUUGUGACAGAAGCAUCAAAGAUGAACGAAGUGAGCAGAAGCUGAAAUCUAAAUCUAGUCUAGCUCCUGACCCUCGCUCUGUCCCCCCACCAGCAGAGCCACCGAGUGGAAUAGAUGUUGUCAUCCUGUUUGACCUACGGGAUGAGCUGUGCAUGAAGAGAGCUGCAGGAAGAUCAGAACAAAUUCAAGCUGGCAAAGUAUAUCAUGAAGAGUACAAUCCACCUCCUGAUGGAAGUGCCACUGGCAUUGGCAAAGUUGAGAAAAUUACCCCUGUCACUGACCCAGGUUAUGAUAAAGAACAGAUUCAAACUAGGAUAACAGGUUUUCUUGACCAGUGGCCAAAACUAGAGAAAUGGUUUAAAAAGUAUGGAACUCUGCAAACUGUGGAUGCUAGUUUGGAAAAAGAACCAUUGUAUUUAGAAACUGAGAAAAUUAUUGAAGAUAUUCUCUGCAAGAUUCAAAGUAAAAAAGAAGCACAAGAAGAAGUCACUCAGCAGGAACAGAAAAUGGCAACAGAGACUCCAGCUAUUUUAGAAAUACCACCAGUAGAAGAGCCUCAAGCUCCAAUUGAUCCUCCUCUCCUAGAAGUGCAGGCACCUAGACAAUCCUCUGGCUCUGGCAGUCGUCCAGAGGAGCAAAGUAUAACUAAGUCACCUGAAAUAGAAAAGUCUUUCUCUGUCAAGACUCAGCCAAUCAAUGACAAUGUUAAGCCAGUAGAGAAAUUAAUGGAUGUUGAGUUUAAUGUUGUCCUUGAAGUCAACCUUCCAAAUCUUUUUCCUGCAAGAGGCUCGUCAGCUAAAAAAACUCAAACACCUGAACCUGAAGUGGAAGUUCCUUCUGGACCCCCACCCAUCAAACCCAGUGAUCCAGAAUGGAUUUUUGUGGAUCAAAACUUGGACAUGGAGCUGGCCAGUGUUUUAUCCCUACAUUGGGAGGAAACUGAGAAGGCGUACAUCAACAACUGCAAAACAGUCUUUCAUGCAACACGUAGUGAACGGGAAAACAUUUUUAGAUAUUUUUAUCAAAUUAGAAAAGAUUUUGUCCAGUUCUUGAAGCGGCCUGAUUGUAAGCAAGAAUAUGUUGACCAAUGGCAGAAGGCGUAUAACAGUAUCCCUGAUGAUAUGAGAGAAGAUGAAGAAACUAAAGCAGAACUGCAUCAGCAAGUAGACAAUCUUAGAGAGAGGCUUUGGAAUAUAUGUGAUGAACGCAAAGAGCAAGCUGAGAAGGAGAGAGAUGCCAUCAUGCAUGAUGGAUGGCUGGAUGACAGACUUGGACUCAUUAGCAAUCAUUAUCUGACUCUGAUGCAGGCAGAAGUAGACAGAAUGCAAGACACUGCUCGUCUGUUGAAAGAUUAUUACAAAGGAAUGGAUGGACAAGUUCCAGAUGUAUUGAAUCCAGAAUAUCAACGGCUUCCACUCCUUCAGCUAGCCAUUGAUAGCCAUUCAGAACAUGAUCUGGCAAGCCAGGAUAAUAUAGUUGAGGAAGAGUCUAAAUCAAUUCGUUCUAGUUCUGCUCAUGCCAAAUCUCCAAGAGAGGGCCUUAAGUCUCCAAGAUCCAAGUCACCAAGAUCUCCUAAAGGUUCAAGGUCAUCAAGAGGUGUAUCUAGCAAGAAAAAUUUAGCAGGAAAAGAAACACCACAGCAAAAUAAAUCUCCCACUAUUUCUGAAGGAAUAGGACGAAAAAUAAUUAUACCUUUGAUUCCACGACGUCCUGGAACUACAGAACCAGAGGAAAUAAAACUCCAGGCUGCAAUCAGUAAAUCAAAACAAGAUAAAAAAAGUCUUAAAAAAUCUUCAGAUGAAGCUGUAAGUUCAGAGCUGGAUAUUCCAAUACCAGAGGAUCCUGAUGAGAAGCUUAUUCACACAAGUUGUAGUUCAGCUAUUCAAAGUAUUACACAAAUGGUCAUUAGUGAAGUAAGAGCCAUUGAAGAAGAAAUAGAGAAAGAAAAAGAGCUGGAGAGAGAGAAGGAAAAAGAAAAAAAUAAGCCAGUGAAAGCAGGUAAAAAAGGAAAUCGUUCUACCUCUCCCAAGAAAAGUGCAAAGAAAGAAGGAGAUAAUGCUGGGACGCCUUUACCUGCAGAUAUUUCUCUAAGUGAAGAAGAGAUACAGAAAAAAGCAAUAAAGAAUAAAGCUAGAGAAGAAUAUAUAUUUGCUUUAAAAGAAGAAGAAAAUGCCACAAAAACACGUCUGAAUUUGAUACGUCAUUUAGCAUGUGAAAUUUUAAGAGAUUUGAAAUGUAAAUCAGAUGAGAUCUUUAAAGCUAUGAAUGAUUGGAUUGGAUCCAAGUUUCUCAAAGAGAUGCAAAGCAUUGACCAGUUGACUGAAGUCAUGCGCAAUGCCAUAGAAACAAAACAAAAGUUGAAGUAUGAGCUCUGCAUCAGUCAAGAAAUGUUUGCUCUUGAUGAGGACUUUAAAGUACUUAAGACACCAACUCCUGAACCACCAGAACCUCCAGUGGAACAAGCUAUGGCAGAACAUUUCACUGUCACUCAACUAAAUACACUUUAUGAUCAUCUAAAAACUAUUGCACCUACUGGCUUCAUUUCAAAUAAAGCUUUUGCUGAACUUUUUGAAACCCAAGUAAUGGUAGCACAUGGCAUGGCUUGUCUUCCUGUUGCCUGGAUGCACUUGACUUCUGCUCAGAUCACAGAGUUAGGGAACAUGCUUUCACUGGACACAGAUUAUGUUGACUGGCAUAAGUUGUUUGUGGCCUUGUGUUAUCCAAUACCUAUGCCUAGCCAACAACAGCUUUUAGAUUGCCUGGAGAACUUUAAAAUUAUGGAUCAAAAGUCAACUGGGAAAAUAACCAGGGAACAGUGGCAUAGGAUGGACUUAUGGUUUCACCAAGAAAGUACUGAAGACUAUAACAGGAUGACCCAGUUACAUAAUCUGUUGUUUGAAGUGUUUGCUGAUCACAGUAGCUCUAUUCCUCUGGUUGACUAUGUCAACUUUCUGAUGUAUUUCUCUGCCUCUCUAAAUUAUCAUGAGGGUUUUCUACAUGCGCUUAGUGUAGUGUGUGGACAUCACAUGCCAAGAUUAAACCAGCCAGAGCUUUUCCCUCAUACUAGCAGCCUGGAAAGACCUCAUAGUGUGGCUGACAGUCUUCAUGAAGACUAUAAAGAUGAAGAGAAGGGACAGAUUGAACCACCAAUGUCAGAGGAAGUUAUUUCUAGAGAAGCUAAUGUUGCUCUGGUCUCAGUGGAAGCUUUGUUCAAGGUCUUACAUCAUGGAGAUAAUACUAAAGGUGAUAGUCACAGAUUUACAUCAACAGUAGAUCCUGAAGAUCACACCUCACUUGAGAAAUUAACUUCAGUGUUUCGAGAGUUACAUGAUGAUGGGGAACUGGUUCCAAUGAAAUACAAAGUGCUGAUUGAACACCCAUUGAUUCAGGAUGUUGUUGUUGCUUGUAAACGAUUUAAAGCUCUAGAUGUGAAAAGUAUAAUCUCUGGCCCUCCAGUUGAGCUGAUGGAAGCAGUAAGUCAGAAGACAGCAGAGUGACACUGAGCUGAUACUUUCUGAUGUUUCUGUGAUAUCAAGUGUUAAUUAUUAAAUUAAAAAUAAUAAAUUCAAAUUGAACUUAUGGUUUAGAUAUAAUAAUUAAUGAAGUUAAUAAUUUGUUCUCAGCAACAGAGAGUUCAAUUAAUUUUUUUUUUUUAAAUUCAGUUCGAAGAAGCUAUUAAUACUAGUAUUAUUUCUUAUUAAAAUGACUGUUGGUUUAUUUUUAGCUAUGUGAAAUGUAUAUUCAGCAAUGUAUAUUAUUUCUUAAGAUCUUUAUUAAUGACUUUGUUCAGUACUGAAACUUCUAUGAAUAUACUAUCAUUUGUAUUUAUACAUCAUAAUAAAAAAUAUUAAAAUUA